AGUGUACGUGCGACCGGUUGCGGACGAGGACGCAUUGUCGCGCGACGCGUAUCACAUCGCUUAUUACGCAGUAACAAUUGUUGCCGACCGCGUGGACUCCCGCGAACCAACUUCAAGUGUUUCCCAGACUCUUGCGCGAGGUGGUACGGUUGAUAACGCGCGAUCAAGCCCCCACAGACUCCAGUGAUAACUCUUAUCAGUGUGGAAAAGUUGUAAAGUGCGUAUACAAGUCGGAAGGACGCCGGAAUUUGCGCAGCGGCAAGUCUUCGGGACCUUCGACGCUCGUGACGAUCGUGGGCGAUACGAUACUCGGUGUUUGGGACCGAUUCGAGCCACGUUACAAGGUUAUCGCGCCUCUAGCCCGCCAGUGAUGAAUUGGAAAAUCGGCGCGUAGUCGCUCACGUGGUGCGCGCCCCGCCCCCGCCUUGCCCGCGCUUAUAUUUAGCGAAAAUCGCCUCUCGGGAACGGUCCGACGGUCCGACGGCUGACGCUCUCUGCGCACAUCGCUGUUUAUGAACGUUAGUGAGACGCCACAUGUUAUUGGCUUCGAAUAACAGAGCCGAUAAGGAGAAGACAGAUAACCUCUGCGGAUCGCGGCCCGGCUUCGACCAUUCUGGAAAUAGAAAGAAAUCUGUUAAAAAUCGGAAAGGAGAACGUUCUGAGAUGCUAACGGCUGGCAUCGGCACGCGCCGGUGAGCGCCCGAACUGGCACACCGACCGAAAAAUUCCACUGGUCGAAAUAGUUAGCGAUAUGUCUAUACAAGGGGGUGGCGGUUACCAGAGCCCGUGGUCGUCGCAGACCGGGCUUUCAGAGUUAGAGGGCACCAUGGGCGAGCUGGAGCCGCUGGGCGAGCUCACCGAGGUGGGCUUCGAGCCGCAGACGCGGGCCCGCUCCAACACGUGGCCGCUGCCGAGGCCCGACAACUAUGUCGACCCCGUGGACGACACCGGCUCCAAGAAAAACUCCAACCAGAACUUGGCUGGAGCGCCUCCACUGCCCUCUGUGGGCGGUAAGAAAAAUUCGUCCCGGCGUAACGCGUGGGGCAACCUUUCCUACGCUGAUCUCAUCACUCAAGCCAUCACCUCAGCACAAGACAACCGGCUUACGUUGUCGCAAAUAUACGAGUGGAUGGUCCAGAAUGUGCCAUAUUUUAAAGAUAAGGGCGAUAGCAACUCUUCGGCUGGAUGGAAGAAUUCGAUCCGGCACAACUUAUCCCUACACAACCGGUUCAUGAGAGUGCAGAACGAAGGCACGGGGAAGUCGUCUUGGUGGAUGAUCAACCCGGAUGCGAAGCCCGGCAAGUCGGUCAGAAGAAGAGCGGCCUCCAUGGAGACGUCUAAAUUUGAAAAAAGAAGAGGAAGGCUUAAAAAGAAGACUGAAGCGUUAAGACAUGGAGCGACAGCAGACGCCACACCAAGCCCCAGUAGCUCUAUCUCAGAAAGCAUCGACACUUUCCCUGAUUCUCCAAUGCACAGCAGCAGUUUCCAGUUGUCGCCGGACUUCCGCCAGAGGGCGUCUUCGAACGCGUCCUCGUGUGGCCGCCUGUCACCGAUCCCGUCUUUGAUCCCUUCCGAACCAGAUUGGGCAUCGGAGUACACGCCUUCGGGAGACUACGCGACCAACAGCGACUUCACUCAAACAGACUUCGCACAAGAAGAACAGUUGGCGGGUUCGCUCGCUGUCUCCAUGAAGCUGCACGGAGCAGAUCCAUUCCUCAACACGUACGUUCCGACAACAUCGUCGUCAACGUCGGGCGGCAGCUUCCGAUACGGGUCGUACGGCGCUUGCCCGCGGCACCCGCACGGUGGCUGCGCGUGCGCAUCCAUGUACCCUCACCCCGCGCACCCUGCUCACCCCACGCACCCCCACCAGCACGCGCUCGAUCACUUCGUCAGGCCGCCAGCACCCGCCGACCCCGCUGAUAUUAUGCAAACUGAAAACGGCCAAACUCAAAUGGUGACGACAUCAGACCCGGCGUUGAUGAACGGCGGCAUGAUGCUGCAGACGGGCGCGUUGGGCCCCACCACCGUCAUGGGGCAGAUCAUGGGCGCGCUCAACUCCGGCCUUGGCGAGGACCUUAAUUUUGAAACGCUUGAGCACGGCUUCGACUGUAACGUUGAUGAGGUAAUAAAGCACGAGCUAAGCAUGGACGGCACGCUGGACUUCAACUUCCCGCAGCAGCACGGCGCGAUGGCGGCGGAGGCGGAGAGCCAGUUCGCUGCGCCGGCGCCGCCCGUGCCCAGCACGCUGUCGGGCGGCGGCGCGCCCCGCACGCCCUACUCCGCCACGCCCUCCUGGGUCCACUGACCGCACGGCAUCCCGCUUCCACAUUGGCGUAACUCGUAUCACCGCAACUGACCAGAGGAUACCAAAAUGAUAUCUAGUUUUGAUUCCCGGUGAGAGCACCUGGUUAUGUUUCUGGGUACUGACCGCAUAACAAGCUGAUAAGUGCGAGUCAGUAACGGUCAGUACGGUGCGUCAUUGUUAGUCAGACCGUCAGCGGUUGUGGGUUUGCCCAAGAGUUGCGCCAAUGCUUCAUAACUUCCUAAACGGACAGCGUAGUAGAGAUUUUUGUUUAAAUGUUAACUAAUGUUAGAGUUUUAUUUUAGUGUAAGUGGACCGUUACCAACGUUGUUGUGUCAAUUGUGUUAAUGUAGUUAGUGUUAAGCCGGGUGGAAGCAUGUGAUAUAGGGUUAUGGACAGUGGGCCCGGAUGGGACUGGGGUUUGGUGCUUUGUGGCGACGUCCGGAUAAUGGAGAGAUUCAUGGAAGCUUACCACCGUCGCAGAGUCGGGAACAAAUAUGUUGUGUUCCCGAUAAUAAACAUUAGUGAAUUGUCCAAAAGUGCGAGCGAAAUGCUUUUACGGAACACGAACUAUUUCGCAUCCGUAACUCAUGAAACCGAUUGCGUUCUAAAGAAACAACGACUCAUCACAAAAACGAACCAAAAUUAUGAAGACCAGUUAAUCGUGGAGACUGAUCAGUGUUCUAUUUAUUGGCGAAUGUAUUCGACAAUUACAAAUAUUGACGAUUAUCAGUGACAGUUUUAAAAGUGUACGUCGAACAUUGAAGACUAUGUUAAGGAAGUGACCUCGUGUUUUAUAAUAAACUUCAGCGAGGACAUAAUUAGAAAUUAAUAUGAUCUUUCGCAGUCCCCAAACGGAAUACGGACAAUUUGUACGAAAAAUGCAGACUGACUGAUUUUGACUAAAUUUAAUUUGGGAAAUAUGUUGUUUAAUAUUAAAUUUGUGUUGUGUUUCGUAAACUCUAAUUCUCUCAUCAGCGAUUAUUCAAAUUCAUGUUGAUUAUAAAUCCUAAUUAACCGCAAAAUGUGCGAGAAUCAAAUGAGAGCGAAAACAAAAUUUGUCUUGAACAAAAGGUUUAACACCGUCGGAAAUAUUUGUUACGAUACAAAAUUAUGAUCCACGUGUUGAAUCUAUGAAUUAUGUAUUAAAAUGUGCUUAAUCAUAAACCGCUUUUACAAAGUCAACAUCCAAAUGGAUGUAAUACGGCGUUGUUUAAAUUUUAAAAUAUGUCUGCGCGACAUAUAUGUAACACUUUUGGAGUUUUUAUGCGAACAAAAUAUUUUGGACGGUUUGUAUUGCGUUUAGGAUUGUAAUAGUGAUAUUUUCCGAUCAUAACACCAAUUAGAUAAGUGAUCUUUAAAGCCAUAUUGUACAUAGAUUUAUUUACACAUGCUUAAGCCAUUUACUACCAAAUAUGUGUUUAUCACAAUUGCUCAACGGUCGAACUGACGCCAAAUUCUGAACAACUCGAUAAUUGUAAGCUCAUAGAACAUGUUAUUUGUAAAAUACAACACGGAGAACCGUCGAUACAAUACAAUAAGCACAAUAAGUUGCCGCAACUAACGUGCCUGCUAGUGCAUUCUCAAACCAAUGUAAAUAGAGUGGUCAAUGUUCAAAUAUUUUAUACGAUUAUAUACAGCACGAAAUGUAAAAAAAAUUGUGUCUAUAAUGUUGACGCACAAGCAAAAUCCGUCAUAGUCAGAUAUCUAGUCCCAGAUAUAUUUUUUUUGUUCAAUAAGCUAUGUUCUUCAAAUGCAGAAUUGUUACUCAUAGAUAAGCAGUGCCGGGGGCUAGCCCAUUAGGCUCUAAUGUAGCAUGAUUUCAUUCUGUAAAAUACCUCAGUGGACUGUUUGUGAUAGAUUUAGCCAAUAAGUGUUCAAUUUAGUACGUGUAUCGUGUAAGUCAAUUCAUGUACUUUUUGGCGUCCAUUCGUAUUGUGUACAUUCAAAAGUGCUGUUUCUUUUUGCGUAGGGUUCACGGGUCGUUUGCCUUUGCGCGUUUUUUUAACAUUAUCGUAAAAUAAAUUCACUGCUUUUAUACAUCGUCACGUAUAUUCGCAGCUGAUGUAUGGUGCUAUAAUUAAUGUGUCAAUAGCGCGUUUUAAUGAAACAUUCGGUUUCAUCGCUCGAUGUAUGUGAGCGUGGACGAGCGGCAGGCCCGGCGAGGCGACAAGCGCCGCCGUGGACUUCUUCCGCAGUCGCUGCACGUUUGUCGACACCUAGCUUCACGGUACUCUGCAGUCGAUACGGGCGCGAGCUAGAUCACACCGUUUAAUUUCUAUAAUGUAGAUAGACAAUAUUAUUUCAUAGUUAGCGAGUGGCUCAAAGCCAUUCGACGUCGUCAGUAGAUGUUGGACAUCGGGCCUUGGUGAUGGGCCUGCGAUAGCAAACGUUUGCCAAAUAUAAAUACGUAAAAUCCAAUAAAGUUCGUUUAUAUGUAUAAAUAAUCGGAGUUAAUCGAUAGUCGUAUUAUAUGAGUGUUGUAGACGAAAGAUAAAUCUCUUCGGAGGUAUCUCAUGAAUUAGUUAAGUAGGUUAGUUAAUAUAUCUCCUGGUUGUUGAAAUACAAUAUUAAAAUAUACAAUGUGACGAGACGUAGUUAUUUAUGUCAAUCCAUGUGGUCAAUUAAGUAUGGACCGAAUUAAAAGUCUGUUCCAUUAAGGCCUAGCGUUAAUGUGAAUGAAUGCGUUCAAUGUAUUAUGUUGUGCUUUUGGUCAUGGUUUCGCUAAAUUUGGGCUUUCCGCUACAAUUUGCGAACAUAAAUUGCUUAAUGAAUUAUGAGGAUAAAUAUUUUAGUAAAAAUGUACAAAAUCCAGUGAAAAACGUUUUGGCUGCAUCAUUAAUGUAAUGUGCAAUGUUUUUGAUAAAUCUUCACUGGUUUAUUUCUCCGGUCUUUCAUAUACUAAGGGCCUAAUGAUUCGACCUAGACGCUUUGACUAGAGGCACAAGGAAUUGGAAUGAUUUGUCAUUUGUGUACCAUCUGAUGAACAGCUCCAAUGACGUUAAUCUGUUUAUUGAUGGUACGCACGUUCAUAGUUCAUUGUAGUUAUAUCAUGUAUGGAAAUAUCGAUUUGAUCUAGAAAUUCGAUGAUAAGCGAUGGCGUACACAAAUUUUUUAUCUUAGUUUUGUAUAUUGUACGAGAAGUACAGAUGAUAUGAAUUUUAAAUGAAUUAGCCAAUUGUGCGCCGUCAGCAAUCGAUUGGAAUCAAAUUGUUAUUUCUAUUAAUGCGUAAACGCAUAUAGGCACGCUAUUGUCAAAGUUUCGCGACGUACGCGGCAAUUGUCAGUAGUUUUGAUAGAUUAUAAUAUAUUUUAAUAUUAGUCCGUGGUUAUUGAAGUUGGUAAUCAUGUAUUUAUAAGUGAGGUUCGAAUACCUUUAUAGCAAGAACCAUCUUUGUAAAUUAUUUUGUACAAUGUUUAAAUUUUUCUAUGUUUGCAAUGCAUUAUUAUUUUUUUAAGUCUUAAUUAUAUUUUGUUGAUUUUUUCAGUUGCUUACUUUUACUAUUAUUGAUAAUGAUACAAAAAUGUGAAAAACUUUAGACGAAAUUAGGAAAGAAUUAUGUGUUUCAAUGUAAAUAUAUAGACGAAAACGUAUUGUAUGUAGAAGUACAUAAAUAUUAUUUAUGUAUUAAAUUUGAUAUUGUUUUCAAAAUUUAA